AUGUUCCCAUCAACGCAUUCCAUUUCGUUCCUCCUUGUUGUAGCAACGUCUAAUUUAGCCGCCAGCUCUCCGGAUGCUACCGGCAGCUACAAGGGUUGCACCGUCACAGUCUACCUCGGUGCAACCAACGGCACGGACUAUGUGGCGUCCCGGGAAGGCUUCUGGUCAACCAUCCAAGGCGACGUAUCUCCCUCCUGCUUCUUUCAACCUGUCAGUGCCACCGAGGUUUCAGUCGCUCUCAGAGAUAUCCAGAGCACGGGUUGUCAGUUCGCAGUCAAAAGCAGAGGUCACUACUCCUACACAGCUUCGACGAUUGAGGGAGGUCUCGUGAUUGACCUGGUUCGGCUCAACAGAAUCACACUGAGCGAAGACAAGGGCUCGGCGAUCGUGGAGCCCGGAAAUACUUGGGCUUCCACAUAUGAGAAUCUCCAAAAGUCUGGCGUGACUAUCCCUGGCGGUCGGAUGUUUGGUGUGGGUGUCGGUGGGCUCACUCUUGGUGUCUCUUGGCUCAGUAAUCGCUACGGAUGGACUUGCGACAACGUGAUCGAGUUUGAGGUUGUCGUGGCCAGCGGUGAGAUUGUGACUGCAUCAACAACAUCAAACCCGGACCUCUAUUGGGCCCUUCGAGGAGGUGGCAAUAACUUCGGUGUUGUCACCAAGUUCAAGUUCAACACAUUCCCGCAGGACAAGAUGUGGUACGCAAAGCUCCGUUACAAUGCCACUGAGAACAUCACGGCAAACGCGGCAUUCGCGGACUGGGGUACCGUUCAGUCCCCCAAAGAUCUUGGCAACGCCGCGGUUUUGUCCUGGAACGCACAAGCCAGUGGAGCUCCCGUUGGCGUCGCGAUCUUAGUGCACCAGAAGACGUUUGACAAUAACACCCAUCCUCCCGUCGUCGACAAGUUCUACAACUCUAAGCCAUCAGCCAUCGAAACGGUCAACGUCUUCCAUGCAGAUAUUGCCGAGAACCUUCUGUUCCCCGCCAGCAUCUUGCGAAGUUCUUUGUGGACCACGUCAUUUAUCCUGGACGCCGACUUGCUGCAAGUAGUAUUCGAGAUCUGGAACCAGGAAGCCAGCGCACUGGCUUCCAUCUCCAUCCAGCAGAUCCAGAUCCAGGCCAUCACCAAAUCUCAGUUCGAGUUGAUGCAACGAAGCGGCGGUAAUCCUCACGGACUCGGGGAGCAGUCGCAGCCUCUUGGCUUUGUGAACCUAUGGGCAAGGUGGGAGAACAGAAAAGACGACGAUGCCAUCUACAGAGCUCAGAAGCGCACGGAAGAGAGAAUCAACAAGGUGGCGGAUGAGAUGGGCCUUGCUUCGGGAUACAAGUACACGAACUACGCCAGCCAAUUCCAGGAGCCGUUCGCUGGUUAUGGGCAGGCCAACAAGGAACGCUUGAGGUCAAUUGCUGAGAAGUAUGAUCCAAGCGGCGUUUUCCAAGAACUCUCCCCUGGCGGCUUCAAGGUUACGAAAGGUGCCCCUCAGAUCCUCUGA